UACGGCCUUAUCGUACACUUGCCAAGCCGAGGCGGGGCGCAGAGCCCUCCCGGAUGCCCCAGCCGAGGCGUCGCCUGCUUACGGGAAGGCUGCCGACGCAGGAGCUUCCCUGCUUCUGGCGUGCCCCGCGCCUUCCGCGGCUGGUGAGCCAGGCCCCGGCCAAGCACGGGGGGGGGGGGGGAGGCGAGGAAAGUGGUGGGAUUUUAGCGCUCAUCAUCCCCGACCUUCGCCUGGGCGGCAAAUUGAAGGAGCCCGUCCCAUUACCGGAAGAUAAACGGAAGUGACGAUGGCAGCUGGCAGGAGAGGGUGACGGCCGCGCAGGCGCCGCGGCCGGGUGUCAAAGGGCGAUGGGCCCUCUACCCUUUCGUCUCCCACUCUAUGGUGAGGCGGUUGCGCGGGCGAGAGCACCAGCAGCAGCAUGGGGGACACCUCGAGCCCCGUCAGCGUCAUCCUGGUGAGCUCCGGCAGCCGGGGCAACAAGCUGCUCUUCCGCUUCCCCUUCCAGCGGGGCCCCGGCAACCCGGCCGCCCUGAUCGCUGGCCCAGUUGACCUUCCCUCCACCUGUCCAGUGGGCUGGGCGUCGCCUUUCGCACCUGGGCGCCAUCUAGAGAAGCGGCCCCGUUCACCUUCAGGAACAUCAAGGAGUAGGUAUGCGGUAAACAGUAUUGGUGACAAUGUAGAAGAGCCAGAUGGAGAUUCCAGAGAGCCCUGUCCUCUCACUGAUGAGCAGGUGGUGUCAGGGUUUUCAGAUGUCAUUCUGGCAACAAUUCUGGCUACUAAAUCGGACAUGUGUGGCAAAAAGUUUGAGCUGAAGAUUGAUAACAUUCGUUUUGUUGGGCACCCAACUCUGUUGCAACAUGUCUUUGGCCAGGUAUCAAAGACAGAUCCUUCUCCCAAGAGGGAAAUGCCCACCAUGAUUCUCUUCAAUGUGGUCUUUGCUUUAAGGGCCACUGCAGACCCCUCCGUGAUCAGCUGCCUGCAUAACCUUUCCCGGCGCAUUGCCAUUGUGCUUCAGCAUGAAGAGAGACGCUGCCAGUAUCUCACCAGGGAGGCCAAACUCAUUCUGGCCAUUCAAGAUGAAGUUUCAGCCAUGUCAGAAACAAGGGAUGGCCCUCAGUUGCCUUUCCCUCAUAUCCUUCCCAAGUGCAAGUUGGCCAGAGACCUUAAAGAGGCUUAUGACAGUCUGUGCACAACAGGGUUGGUCCAACUACAGAUCAAUAACUGGCUGGAAGUGAGUUUCUGCCUGCCUCAUAAAAUCCAUGAUGUGGCAUCCAGUUUCAUCCCUCCAGAAGCCAUUGAAAGAAGCUUGAAAGCUAUUCGGCCUUAUCAUGCCUUAUUACUGCUUAAAGAUGAGAAGCCCCUCCUCAGCGAACUGCCCCUCGACUGCUCACCUGCCCUGGUGCGAGUAAUCAAGACAGCCUCUGCAGUGAAGAACCUUCAGCAGCUGGCUCAGGAUGCCGACCUGGCGUUACUCCAGGUGUUUCAGCUGGCUGCACAUCUGGUCUACUGGGGCAAGGCCCUCAUGGUCUAUCCCCUGUGUGAGAACAACGUCUACAUGCUGUCCCCCAAUGCCAGUGUCUGCCUUUAUUCCCCUCUGGCAGAGGAGUUCUCCUCUCAGUUUCCAGGCCAUGACCUGCCCGCAGUUCUGUCCAAGUUCUCCUGGCCAGUUUCUCUGUCUGAGCUCAAGGAUCCUCUUGCUCCAGCGAUUCAGGAGACACAUCUCAUUCGGAUGGUGGCCUGGAUGCUCCAGCAUCGGCUUCUCAUUCAGCUGCACAGCUACGCCUGCCUAAUGGUUCCACCAAAGGAAGAGGAGGAGGAGGAAGAGGAGGAGGAGGAAGGUUUUCGCACCAGAGUAGAAGAGCUGCCCUUUCCUGCCCGAGUUGGGGGCCGAAGCCUCAGCACUCCUAGCGCACUCAGUUUUGGUUCUCCCACUAGCAGUGAUGACAUGACCCUGACAAGCCCCAGCAUGGAUAACUCCAGUGCAGAGCUGUUGCCUGGGGGGGAGUCUCCCGUGAACAAACGCAUGACGGAGAACCUCCUGACCAGCCUCUCAGAGCAUGAACGGGAAGCCAUUCUCAGUGUCCCUGCAGCUCACAAUCCAGAUGAUCUGCGCAUGUUUGCCAGGCUGCUGCACUAUUUCCGUGGACGGCAUCACUUGGAGGAGAUCAUGUACAACGAAAACAUGCGCCGCUCCCAUCUGCUCAUGCUCUUUGACAAGUUCCGUAGCGUGCUGGUGGUGACGAACCACGAGGAUCCUGUCAUCUCUGUCUUUCAGUCCCUGCAUAAGUGAGGAAAGGGGGCUUGCUUGGAGCCAGGAAGGAGCCCUGUCAAGGCCAGAUGCUGCUCCCGGAUCUGAGAAAGCACCUCCUGCUGGACAUUAUGGGAGCACCCUUCCAGGUGUCGCAGUCUGGCAGUUUUGUACUCUGUUCCCUUGGGGGCUGCAGCCUCCUUUGCAGGGAAGGAGAGUGUGGGCUUCCCACCCCAAAUUGUGGAUGCGGAAAAAAAGCUGUUCUUCAACUUUUAAAAUAUGAAGAAUAUGGAGACCCAAGAAUGAGCCCAAGAAUAUGGAGACUCAGGAAUGAGCCCAGACUUCCCUUCUGCCACAGGCUGAAUGCUCACAUUAAGCAGUAGGUUCAUAGCCCACCCACCCUACCCCC